UUGGAAUGGGUGUCAAGAGUGUUUGAGUGGGCUCAGGUCAGAUCUCACGAAACUAUCCCCAAUAUUGCGACCACGCUUACAGACCACAAGAUACGGUAUUAUUGUUCACUCUGAUUGGUCGAGGACCUACAAUACCGCCUCUGUCGUAUCCUGAUUGGCUUGAUGAAUGCACAGGAAUGCUGCCAUUGGUCUCAACACCUCUACGGUUUUCCCACUGUUUUGUGGCAUUUGCUAAGGAGCUCCGUUGAACUAAAGAAGCUAACGUUAGCUAGAAAACAACACACUAGACUAGGAUAAAGACUUGGAGCCAAAAUGGCAUCAGACUCCCCGCGCAGACCAAGCCGCUGUGCUGGAGGGGUUGUGGUACGAGCACAAGCUGCCACUGAGCAGUCGUAUAUGGAGAGUGUUGUGACCUUCCUCCAAGAUGUGGUCCCUCAGGCAUACACAGGUGCACCCCCAACUGAUGAAAAAGAGAAAAUAGUUUGGGUCAGAUUUGAGAAAGCUGACCUCAAUGAUACGUCCCGCUCCCCAGAGUUCCUGGAGAUGCACAGUGGCAGCAGUGACCCUCCUCUCUGCCUCAUGAUUGGUUACGCCGACGGGAUGCAAAUCUGGAGCAUAUCCCUGGGUGGGGAGGCCCAGGAGCUUUUCUCUGUGCGCCACGGACCUGUGAGAGCUGCCCACAUCCUGCCGGCGCCCCAUAUCAGUCCGCUGAUGAUUGAUGGUUUUGCGGACAAGAGGCCUCUCCUGGGGGUGUGCAAGAGCACUGGGUCGUUGGGGACGAGCCCUCCAUACUGCUGUGUGGACCUGUACUCACUGAGGACAGGGGAGAUGGUCAAGUCCAUCCAGUUCAAGACGCCCAUCUAUGACCUGUACUGCAACAAGGAGAUUCUAGUUGUCGCCCUGCAGGAGAAGAUUGCUGCAUUCGACAGCUGUACCUUCACCAAAAAGUUCUUUGUUACAAGCUGCUUUCCCUGUCCGGGCCCCAACCUAAACCCCAUAGCACUGGGAGGACGCUGGCUAGCCUACGCUGAGAACAAGUUGAUCCGGUGUCACCAGUCUCGAGGCGGUGCCUGCGGGGACAAUGCCCAGUCUUACACAGCUACAGUCAUCAGCGCUGCUAAAACCCUAAAGACUGGUCUCACCAUGGUGGGGAAGGUGGUGACCCAGCUAGCUGGUACUCUACCCACUGGCGCCCUCGACGAGGAGGGUGUUACCCCCCCCAGCACCACCCGCCGAAGCCCCCAUGCCCCCGGAGUAAUCACCGUCAUUGACACGCACAACGUCGGAGAGGGACAGGUCCUGGUGAGUGAGGACUCAGAUGGAGAGGGAGUGGUGGCCCACUUCCCAGCCCAUGACAAACCCAUAUCCUGCAUGGCAUUCAACCCCAGCGGUAUGCUGCUGGUGACUGCAGACACCCUGGGCCAUGACUUCCAUGUGUUCCAUGUCCUCACACACCCCUGGGCCUCCAAUCAGUCUGCUGUCCACCACCUCUACACACUGCACCGCGGAGAGACUGAGGCCAAGGUCCAGGACAUCUGUUUCAGCCAGGACAGUCGCUGGGUGGUGAUCAGCACACUGCGUGGCACCUCCCACGUCUUUCCCAUCAACCCCUAUGGUGGCGCGCCCUGCGCCCGCACACACAUGUCCCCCCGCGUGGUCAACCGCAUGUCUCGCUUCCAGAAGAGUGCAGGGCUUGAGGAGAUAGAGAAUGAACUGAACAGCAAGCAGGCUGGAGGAGGAAGAUGCAGCCCCAUCCCCGGGCUCUCCAGCAGCCCCUCGGGGUCCCCACUACACGCUAAACUCACCAGCCAGGAGUCGUACAACAACUUCACCAGCAACAACAUGGGUAACCCUCGUCUGUCCCCUCUGCCCAGCCUCACCAUAGUGCUGCCCCUGGCACAGAUCAAACAGCCCAUGACCCUGGGCACCAUGACCAAGCGCUCCGGACCUUACCUCUUUGGGGCAGGAUGUUUUGCCAUUAAAACUCCAUGCAAAACCAAGCCUCCCCCCCAGAUCUCCCCCAGUAAGUCCAGUGGAGGAGAGUUCUGUGUGGCUGCUGUCUUUGCUGCCUCACGCUCCUGGUACAUGACCAACCCCAACAUGAAGAGAGAGAAAGACCAGUCCAGCCGGUCAGUGGUGGAGUCCCUCUACAUCCUCAGUUGCUAUGGCACCCUAGUGGAGCAUGUCCUGGAGCCUCGGCCAAUCAGCACAGCCCAGAAGAUCAGCGAUGACACACCCCUGGAGCUCAACACAAGUCCACGGGCCUGCUGGAGCCUGGCCAGGACUCCACUGUGGAAUGAGCUGCAGCCUCCCUUUCUCUCCAACCACCCUCUGGUGCUGGCCUCUGACCUGUUGCAAUAUUACCAAUACCUCCUGGCUGGAUUGGUGCCCCCUGGAAGCCCGGGUCCUGUCACGCGCCACGAGUCUUACGACAGCCUGACGUCAGACCACAGCGGACAGGAGGACGAGGAGUGGCUCUCACAGGUGGAGAUAGUCACCCACACAGGGCCUCACCGUCGGCUGUGGAUGGGUCCUCAGUUCCAGUUUAAGACCAUCCACCCAUCUGGUCAGACUACGGUCAUCUCCUCCUCCUCCUCCGUGCUGCAGUCCCAGGGCCCCAGCGACAUUCAACAGCCUCUGUUGGACUUCCACACUGAUGACCUGGACCUACACAGUCUCAGGAUCCAGCCGGUGCGUUCUGAGCCGGUCAGCAUGCCUGGUUCCUCUCGGCUGGUGGCUGAACGGAGGGGACAGGGGACGGUCAUUGAUACAGGAUCAGCAUUUACAUUCCACCAUCUCCCUCCACUUCCAUUAUUGAUUUGCCAUCAUUGGGAGGGAGUGAAGAGGAAAGGCGAGAGGAGAGAUGGAGGAGAAGACCCCGCAGGCCAGCGCUGUGAGGGAGUGAAGAGGAAAGGCGAGAGGAGAGAUGGAGGAGAGGACCCCGCAGGCCAGCGCUGUGAGGGAGUGAAGAGGAAAGGCGAGAGGAGAGAUGGAGGAGAGGACCCCGCAGGCCAGCGCUGUGAGGGAGUGAAGAGGAAAGGUGAGAGGAGAGAUGGAGGAGAGGACCCCGCAGGCCAGCGCUGUGAGGGAGUGAAGAGGAAAGGUGAGAGGAGAGAUGGAGGAGAGGACCCCGCAGGCCAGCGCUGUGAGGGAGUGAAGAGGAAAGAUGGAGGAGAGGACCCCGCAGGCCAGCGCUGUGAGGGAGUGAAGAGGAAAGGUGAGAGGAUAGAUGGAGGAGAGGACCCCGCAGGCCUGCACUGUGAGGGAGUGAAGAGGAAAGGUGAGAGGAGAGAUGGAGGAGAGGACCCCGCAGGCCAGUGCUGUGAGGGAGUGAAGAGGAAAGGUGAGAGGAUAGAUGGAGGAGAGGACCCCGCAGGCCAGCACUGUGAGGGAGUGAAGAGGAAAGGUGAGAGGAGAGAUGGAGGAGAGGACCCCGCAGGCCAGCACUGUGAGGGAGUGAAGAGGAAAGGUGAGAGGAGAGAUGGAGGAGAGGACCCCGCAGGCCAGUGCUGUGAGGGAGUGAAGAGGAUAUAUGGAGGAGUGGACCCCGCAGGCCAGCGCUGUGAGGGAGUGAAGAGGAAAGGUGAGAGGAGAGAUGGAGGAGAGGACCCCGCAGGCCAGCGCUGUGAGGGAGUGAAGAGGAAAGGUGAGAGGAGAGAUGGAGGAGAGGACCCCGCAGGCCAGCGCUGUGAGGGAGUGAAGAGGAAAGGUGAGAGGAGAGAUGGAGGAGAGGACCCCGCAGGCCAGCGCUGUGAGGGAGUGAAGAGGAAAGAUGAGAGGAGAGAUGGAGGAGAGGACCCCGCAGGCCCGUGCUGUGAGGGAGUGAAGAGGAAAGGUGAGAGGAGAGAUGGAGGAGAGGACCCCGCAGGCCAGUGCCGUGAGGGAGUGAAGAGGAAAGGUGAGAGGAUAGAUGGAGGAGAGGACCCCGCAGGCCAGCGCUGUGAGGGAGUGAAGAGGAAAGAUGGAGGAGAGGACCCCGCAGGCCAGCGCUGUGAGGGAGUGAAGAGGAAAGGUGAGAGGAGAGAUGGAGGAGAGGACCCCGCAGGCCAGCGCUGUGAGGGAGUGAAGAGGAAAGGUGAGAGGAGAGAUGGAGGAGAGGACCCCGCAGGCCAGCGCUGUGAGGGAGUGAAGAGGAAAGGUGAGAGGAGAGAUGGAGGAGAGGACCCCGCAGGCCAGCGCUGUGAGGGAGUGAAGAGGAAAGGUGAGAGGAGAGAUGGAGGAGAGGACCCCGCAGGCCAGUGCUGUGAGGGAGUGAAGAGGAAAGGUGAGAGGAGAGAUGGAGGAGAGGACCCCGCAGGCCAGCGCUGUGAGGGAGUGAAGAGGAUAUAUGGAGGAGUGGACCCCGCAGGCCAGCGCUGUGAGGGAGUGAAGAGGAAAGGUGAGAGGAGAGAUGGAGGAGAGGACCCCGCAGGCCAGCGCUGUGAGGGAGUGAAGAGGAAAGGUGAGAGGAGAGAUGGAGGAGAGGACCCCGCAGGCCAGCGCUGUGAGGGAGUGAAGAGGAAAGGUGAGAGGAUAGAUGGAGGAGAGGACCCCGCAGGCCAGCGCUGGGUGGGAGUGAAGAGGAAAGGUGAGAGGAUAGAUUGAGGAGAGGACCCCGCAGGCCAGCGCUGGGUGGUUCUGUAGAGUGCAGAGGAUGUCUGUCUGUCUACCAUGAGGGUAGGACCACUAGAAGAGACCCUGCGAACCCCACUGUAAAAAAGCACUCCGAUCACACUAGUCCAAAGUUGUUUUCAGGAGCCGAUAGUGUCGACUUCGUCAGCUCAGAGAUUGACCCCAAAAUGGCCGCCGGGUCAGAGCAGUAUCAGCCUGCAGCUGUAAACUGAGUGAAAGUGGCCCCAGCUGCCUCUCUCAUUGUGUGCUGGAUGUGUUGUAUUGCUACAUAUGGGUAGGCACAGUGAACACUGAACAGAAUUCGCCCUUAGGGGCUGGGAACAAGCCUCAUAUUGUAUAGUAUGGCUUAUGAGCAGAAUGUGUGUUUUUCUUUUCUUUUUGACAAAAGGCGGUUAGUAGUGCACAUGAAUGCCAGGGCUGUGUGAAGAUGACCUAUGUGUAAGAGUAGCUCUCUCCUCCAUCUGUCAAAAUAUACCCCCUCCCCUCUCCAACACUGCCCUGAGUGGUGUACAAAACAUUAGGAACACCUUCAGAAUAUUUUGUCGGUGCAUGGACUGUGCAAGGUGUCAGGUGCUCCACAGGGAUGCUGGCCCAUGUUGACUCCCAUUGCGUCCCACAGUUGGCAAGUUGGCUGGAUGUCCUUUGGGUGGUGGACCAUUCUUGAUACACACGGGACACUGUGAAAAACUAAGCAGCGUCACAGUUCUUGACACACUCAAACCGGUGCGCCUGGCACUUAAUACCCUACCCGUUCAAAGGCACUUAACUUUUGUCUUGCCCAUUCACCUUCUGAAUGGCACACAUACCAAUCCAUCCCUCAAGGCAUAAAAUCCCCUUCAUCAACACUGAUUGAAGUGGGUUUAACAAGUGAUUAAUAAGGGAUCAUAGCUUUCAUGUCUACAGUAUGUUAUGGAAAGAGCAGGUGUUCACAAUGUUUUGUACACCCGGUGGAAAGCCAGGUGUAUACCUCAAUCACUCCUGUCCUGUGGUUAAUGUGUUAAUCCUAGAGAUAUUCACAAGCGAAGCCCCUCCCUAUCAGGAGGGCUUUUAUUUUGUCUGUCGCUGUAAACAUUCUAAUAUUUGUAGGAUAUUUUUCCAUAUUUGUGAUAUUUGUAACAUGGCUGUUUCCGUGUUGUCCUGUGCUGUAUGCACAUUAACGUUAUAUUGCUGUACAGUAACAUGGUUGCAUUGUUUACAUUACAUGAUGAUGUUAUAAAACUAUACAGACAUUGAUGGACUGUAUAAUAUAUGGACAUGGUCAUUGUUGCUCUAAUGUUGACUGCCUGUAGAGACAUUAAAGUCAAAGCCUAAGGUGAA